AUGAUCCGCAAUCUUCGUCUCCCUUACGUUCAAAGCGUAGGCUAUGCUCCUCUCCGAUGUACUUGGGUUCCCGGGUGCCCGGCCGAGUUGCAUCCUCUUGACCCAAGCCCGGAUGGCGUGCCAGCACGGGUGGCCGCUGAACGUGCUUAUAAAUCCGCCUUCAAAGCUUUACUUCCUGACAUGAGUGUCCCGGGAAGCGUUGGCGUAACUUGCUCGUCACAGUUUGCCGUUACCCGUGAACGAGUGCGAGCACGGCGCAGAUCAGACUAUGAGCGGAUGCGCCGGUGGCUCGCCAGAACAAACCUCGAAGAUGCAAUCAGUGGUAGAGUAAUGGAAUAUACAUGGCAUAUUAUUAUGGGAAUGCCGCCGGUGUAUUGCCCUCCCGCAGGAGAAUGCUACUGUAUUACGUUUGGGACGGCUGGCCGGAUCGAGGUGGAGGGGACAAUGGAUGGCCAAUGCCAGGCUGGAAUGAUUGAUCCACUGGGGACUCUAUUACUGCAAUCCAUUCGUGCCUUUUGGGAGGAAGACCUAUUCCCAACUGAGAAAGCAACUCUAAGAUCUCAACUGCCCACCAUCGCUCUGCUGAUGGAUGACUGCAGUCGAUUUGAGCACUACAUAGCUAGUGCUGGAUGGAGGACAAGCCGCGUUUUACAAGACGAUGAGACACAUAUUGUUUAA